AGGUACACAAAACAAAAAAUUAUCGUUCGUGUUUUUCUUGUACCGAUAAGUAUAAGAUUUGAUUCUUUUGAACCCUGAUGGUGUGUUUACUUGACCCAAAACUGUGCGACUGUGAUACUUACAUAAAUAUUUAAGCACCUAAUCCAAAAAAUCAUUUAACUGAUAAGACAGCAGACGAGCACAGUUUACUAGUGAGAAUAUGUUUUCUUUCACUUGGCAAGACAUAAAUGUCACGGUUUUCGAAAAAACAAAAACUUUUUGGAAGACGACAACAAGGAAUAAGACAAUUUUAGACAAUGUUUCUGGAAGCUCUAGAAGUAACUCACUUUUUGCAAUUAUGGGAAGUAGUGGAAGUGGGAAAACCACACUAUUACGCGCUAUCUCAGGACGAUGCCGCCAAAAAACUGGGCUUCUACAAGUUAACGACAAUUUUAUUAGCGAUGACGACAUACGGGAUAUCUCAGGUUAUGUUCCCCAACAGGACAUUUUCGUGGAACACUUGACUGUUUUAGAACAUUUGGAAUUCAUGGCCGCUUUACAAAGAAAAACCAGAAGCAGAAAGAAACAUCAGUCGAUAAUCAAACAACUGCUUUCAGAACUCAGUUUAGAACGUCAAAAUUGUACACUGAUCAAAAAUUUAUCUGGGGGUGAAAAACGUAGAUUAUCACUAGCGAGCGAGCUUAUCAGCAACCCUUUCAUUUUGUUUUGCGAUGAACCCACCACGGGGUUAGAUAGUUACAAUUCGGUUGUGGUCGUAGAAAAACUACAAACUAUAGCACUGUCUGGGAAAAUAGUUAUAAUAACAAUACACCAACCGUCAUCUCAAUUGUUUCAUUAUUUCAAUAACAUUACGCUUCUUGCUGAAGGGAAACUGGUUUUUCAAGGUACCACAGAAGAAGCAAAGUCAUUUUUUGAAAGCAUGGAUUUAUUUUAUCCUGAAAACUACAAUCCAGCAGAUUUUUACAUUCGAUGUCUCACGGGCGAAAAUGUUCAAGAAAUGUGCAAAAUGUUCAUACAAUGGAAGACUAGUCAAUCUACAAUAUACUGUUCACACUGCAACCAUGUAGAUAACAUAUUGCUAGACAAACAAAACAAAAAUAAUUUCUUCCACGAGCUUAAAUGGUUAAUGUGGAGAAAUUACCUAUCAAUUAAAAGAAAUAAAUGGGCACAUUUAGGAACUUAUUUUGUGGUUCUGAUCGAACUUGUUAUGGUAUCAUUCUUCUACUCAAAAAUUUCGUUCACUGACCGAGAAAGUGCUCAGAACAUCGAAGGGUUUAUAGCAUUUAUAGGAUCAGAAUUUACAUUCACUAACAUGUAUUCAGUUAUAAAUGUAUUUCCAAGUGAAGUUGAAGUUUUUAUACGAGAAAAAACUCUAUAUUCUAGUUGUGCAUACUUCAUAUCAAAAAUUUUGUCAGUGAUACCCUUGUCGCUACUGAGCACGAUGUUGUAUAUGACGAUCUUAUUUACAAUAAUCAAGUUUCUAAAUGGUUUCUACCUAUGGGUUCAAAUGACGUAUUUGACGUUUUUAGUAAGCAUGGCGGCUUCAGCUUUGGGUUUAGCGUUUUCGGCAACUUUUUCCACAGUCGACCAUAUCGACUUAUACUUAGGACCUCUGGAGUUUCUGCUUCUUUUACUUUCAGGUCUAAUGGUUAAAUUAGAUGUUAUACCGGUCGCUUUAAGGUGGUUGAAAUAUCUUUCACCGUUUUAUUACGCUUUCGAUUCACUAUCUAACCUAUUGUGGAAAGACGUUACUAACAUUGGUAAUUGUGCAGGAAAUGAAACCAUUCCUUGUUACAGUAAUGGAACCGAAGUUUUACGUAAUUAUGGUAUUUAUAAAAGUUUUAACACUGUAACCUACGAUAUUUUGUAUUUACAUUUGCUUGCAACUGCGUUAUGUUUAAUAGGAUUUGGAGGCAUAGUAAGGAAGAAAAUUUUGUAUAAUAUUUAG